UUCAGUUUCCAUGUGUGUAGGCUUUUUCUUAUUUCUGUUGUUGUUGAGGUCCAGCUUUAUUCCAUGGUGAUCAGACAGGAUACAAGGGAUUAUUACAAUCUUCUUGUAUCUGUUGAGGCUCGCUUUGUGACCAACUAUAUGGUCUAUUUUGGAAAAGGUUCCAUGAGAUGCUGCGAAGGAGGUAAUCAUGAGCUCCUUAAAAGAAUUUAUACUCUUUUGAGUUUGUAUGAAAAGUUCUGUAGACAUGUAUUAGGUCCAUUUGGUUUCCCUCUCUAAGUGUCAUUGUUUCCCUAUUUAGCUUCUGUCUAGAUGACCUUUCCCUUGGUGAGAGUGGAGUGUUGAGGUCUCCCACUAUUAAGGUAUUAGGAUGGAUGUGUGAUUUAAGCUUUAAUAAUGUUUCAUUUACAAAUUCAGGUGCUCUUGUAUUGGGGGCAUAGAUGUUCAUGAUUGUGAUGUCCUCCUGGUGGAUUUUUCCUUUGAUGAGAAUGAUAUGUCCCUCCUCAUCUUUUUUGAUUAAUUUUAAUUAAUUAAGUCUAGUUUAUUAUAUAUUAGGAUGGCUACUCCCGCUUGUUUUCUGGUCCCAUUUGCUUGAAAAACCAUUUUCCAGCCCUUUACUCUGAGGUAGUAUUUUUCUUGUUUCAGAGGUUUGUUGCUCAGAUUCAGCAGAAUGUUCUUUCCUCUUUCUGCUAGUCUGUGUCUUUUUAUUGGAGAGUUGAGUCCAUUGAUGUUGAUAGAUAAUAGUGAUCUACUCUGUUAGUCUGUGUCUUUUUAUUGGAGAGUUGAGUCCAUUGAUGUUGAUAGAUAAUAGUGAUCAAUGAAUGCUAGUUCCUUUUGUUAUGUAGUUGGUGGUGAUAUUGUGUUUCUGUGCUUGUUUUCUUUAUUUUUUGUUUUGUUUUUGUUGUUGUGAAGUUACCUAUAUCCUGUGUUUUCUUGUGUGUAGUUGAUUUUUUUAGAUUGGAGUUUUCCUUGUAGAAUCUUCUGUAGUUCUAAGUUGCUGUGUAGAUAGUGUUUAAGUUUAGUUUUGUCAUGGAAUAUUGUGUUUUCUCCAUCUAUGUUGAUUGAAAUCUUUGCUGGGUAUAGUAGUCUGGGUUGGCAUCUAUGGUCUCUUAGAGUCUGCAGGACAUCUGCCCAGGCCCUUCUGGCUUUCAUAGUUUCUGUUGAGAAGUUGAGAAGUCUGGUGUUAUUCUGAUAGGUCUAAUUUUAUAUGUUACUUGAUCUUUUUCCCUUGAUGCUUUUAAUAUUUUUUUCUUUGUUUUGUAGAUUUGGUGUUUUGACUAUUAUGUGACAUGAGGAGUUUCUUUUCUGGUCUAGUCUAUUUGGUACUCUACAGGCCUCUUAUAUGUUUAUGGACAUCUCUUUCUUUACUUUUGGAAAAUUUUCUUCUAUGAUUUUCUUGAAAACAUUUUCUGGACCCUGGAGCCUGGAAUCUUCGUUUUCAUCUAUUCUUAUUAUUCUUAGUUUUCGUCUUUUCAUGGCAUACUUGAUUGCUUGGAUCUAUUGUGUUUGGAACUUUUCCAAUUUCAUUUUUUCCUUGAGAGAUGUAUCAAUUUCUGCAAUUGUAUCUUCAGCACCUGAGAUUCUGUCUCCCAUCACUUGUUGGCGAUGCUUACCUUUGUGGUUCCUGAUCUUUUCUCUAAGUUCUCCAGCUGCAGGAGCUUCCAAAUUGUGAUUUCUGUAUUGAUGCCCAUGUUCCUGUGCAAUAUCAUCUUUCAUUACUUUCUACCUUAUUCAUUGACUUAGGGUGUUUGGGUCAAAGUCAGAGACUUACAUGUAGUGUAUGCAGCUUUCUCCCAGCUGAAGUUGGAAUUACAGGCUUCCCACAAGACAUGUUCUGUGUUUACACAAGUUCUGGGGUUCCUUACUCCAAUCCUCAUGCUUCUACAAUAUGGGAUUUAAUUACUGAUCUAUCUCACCAGCCCUUUUAAUUGAAUUCUGAGACAUGAAUCCAGGUUUUGGAGCAGAGAGGGCACACAGGAGGGGCAUGCUGAAGACUGAGGAGAGGAAAAUCAAUCCUCCAGAGAACAGGGAAUGGCAAGCAGCCCAAAGAGGACACACUGCCCUUCUCUGUCAGGCCAGGAAACGCCCAGGGCUUAGAGUGACAGGCCCCAAGCUGGAGAUGUUAAGGGGACCUGGAGGUGAAGAAAGGGUCUGGACUUUGCACAGCAAGACACUGAGGGCAGGAGAGGGAAAUAGGGGCUGGGGCGGAGCUUUGGAUUGUGACGCGAGUCCCACGUGACCAGCCCAUGUAGGCUCACACCCCUCUCUGGGGUCUCUGGAGAUGCCCUUGCUCGCUCACACCCUCCAGGCCACCAUCCCUGGCAGAAGCACCUGUUCCUGGUAGCGCAGCUCCUGGUGCUGCAGAGCACGCAGACUGGGCUGCGCGGAAAGCAGGAGGCGGAGCGACGGACCUGGUCUGAGGAGCUUCGCUUCGCAUGGUACCAGGUGGUGAGCAUCACUAUGAGGAGGAGAAGACAAGGAUAGGCCCAGGAGUAAUGGCGUUCCAAGAGCAACAAGUCAUGAAGGCUCUCACUUUGGAGAAUAACAGAAAAGAAAACGAAGGAGGGAAGUUCUCCAAGCAAAGUGAAGAAGAAUCCCACCACUUGGAAGAGGUUAAAAGCAAGAAGCCUGGGGGAGAUGUCGGAAAGGGUCAAGUCAGGCGAACUGUGCCUAAUUUUCAAUGCGCCAUACCUAAUAGACAUGGCGAUUAUAAUGAAAGGAAAGGGGAUGUUGGGAAAUUCGUAGGGCAGGUGAUGGAAACCAAGAGAAAGAGUAGGGCACAAGAGAGAAGGCCUCACAUGUGUUUCCGUACCCUGGAACCUGACAAUCAUUACGAAUUUUGCCUCAUACCUUAAAAUAAAAGGUUUUCUCUCA